AUGACUUUUGUAGUUCUCACGAGGAACACUUAUAACGCUCCUUUUGAUGAAGUGGCAGUUUGGUAUUCUGUAAAACAUGACUCAUUUUGUAUUCCCAACUUCCCUUGUGUUCCUUGCUUUACUAUAUCUUUGUUCAAUAUCAUCUUCAGAUUUGCCAAGGCAAUGGAGUGUAUCUUCAAGCUGAGUGGCCUCCUUUGUGGCCUAUCAGCCUUGGUGUUUGAAAUUGUAAUUGCAAGCAGCCACAGCUGGCGCCUGUGGGAAUUCAACCACAAGGUUGUGCAAUUUGUGUCCUUUGGACUGUGGGAAGCUUACUACCCUCAAGAGUUUAAUGUCUCAGGGACUGUAACAAAGAUGCUGGUGCACACUCCUAUCAAUUCCACCUGGACAAUUUCACCUGAAUUUCAGUAUACACAGACCAUGAUAGUGUGGGCCAUUCUGAUGAAAGUUGUAGUUCUGAUUUUUGGUGCAGCUGCCAUUAAGAUCAGCUGCAUGGAAGACCCAUUCGUGGAGAUGGAGAUGUAUUGCUACAGGGUCUCCGCCUUCGUUUUGUGUGUUAGCAGCCUCUUCACAUUGGUUUCCGUGAGCUGGAACCACUUCGAAGAUUAUUAUGGACAAACCACUCUUGACUUUCCGCCUGACUUCCCUCUUAGAAAAGAAGCAUUGAUAAACAAACAGUAUACUGCUGUCUUCCCAACAGCGGUACUGACAGCAACCAUGUCACUGUUUGGUGUGAUCUUCCUUUUCUCUGAGAUAAGCUCUUUGAAACUACAGAGUCAGGUGAAGAUCCAGCGUGCUUACAUAGUGGCCAAACAAGAGGUCUCAAGUGAGGGCUCCUGCAUUUGA